UCCGCACGGCGCCACUCGCCAGUCGCAGUCGGCAGCACGCGGCGUGAGCGCUCGCCCUCCGACCUCCGUACGCGACCCACCAAACUUUCCCACUACUUCCAGAACCACUUUUAAACUUCUCCUCCACCAUUCCCCCUCAAUUCCAACAUGAGGCCUAUAUACUUUUUUAAGUUUUUACUACUUUUCAACUUCUCAACUUUAAGUUUUGCCCAAUCCGUACCUUGUCCCCCGAAAUGCAAGUGCGUCCGGAACAACGUGCGCUGCCUCCAGCAAGACCUGGUCGCCGUCCCGAGGGUGCCCAGCGACACUCACGCGCUGGACGUGCGUUUUAAUAAGAUCUCGGAUAUAAGCCCCGGGACGUUCACUUCGCUGCGGGGCCUGCGGUCCCUGCUGCUGAACGACAACCAGCUCACGGGGCUGCACUCCGGCGUGUUCCAAGGUCUCCGGCGGCUCAAGUACCUCUACCUGUACCGCAACCGCAUCAGGCACAUCGACCCCGACGUCUUCAAAGGCAUGCCGCACUUGGAGCAACUAUAUUUACAUGUCAAUGAAAUUCAUGAGAUUGCACCGGAUACGUUUUCGAACAUGCCACGAUUGGAAAGAUUGUAUCUGCACAACAACCAGCUGAAGACAAUCCCGGUUGGCGCGUUCGCCGGUAUGCCUAAACUCCACAAACUGCGCCUGGACAGCAACGCUCUGAUCUGCGACUGUUCCAUGGUGUGGUUCGUGAAGAUGCUCUCAGAACACAGCGACAUGAACAUCCUGGCGACGUGCUACGGACCUGACUAUGCCACCGGCGCAUCAUUGUCCACUAUGAAAGUUGAGGACUUCCACUGCAAACUCCCUGAAAUUCGAACUGAUCCAGAGGAUGUAAUUGUGGACUUUGGUGACAAUGCAGUCUUCAAAUGUGUGGCCAGCGGCGACCCAACACCUGUAAUCGUUUGGUUCCGUGACUCUGUGGCUCUACCUGUGAAUGCACCCCGAUACGAAUUAAUGGACAAUGGAACUCUGAAAGUCCACGGAAUAGACGAAAAAGAUGUCGGCAUUUUUGAAUGCAUGGCCAAAAAUGCUAACGGAGAAGCCCGAUCGAGACCAGCUCGUAUGACCAUCCAGCCCAAAGCCAAUGAACCGUAUUUUACAGCUUUACCUAAUGAGAGACUCGUCAAACUUCGAGAGCCGUUUGUAAGCUUUGAUUGCAUGGCAGCUGGUGAGCCUUCUCCUCAUGUUUAUUGGCUAUUUGACAACGACCGAUUGCUACUAAGUGAGCGUUUAACAAUUGAAAAGAAUGGUACUAUAUUCAUUCGCAAUAUACAAAUGGAAGACGCAGGAACGUACACCUGUAUUGCUGAAAACAUCAAUGGAAGAAUUGCGACUUCUGCUGUUCUUCAAAUUAUGACUACACCUGCGUUUAUUACGGUACCUAAAGAUGUCCAAGCAGUUGUCGGAGAUAGCGUGAAUUUCACCUGCAAGGCGCGAGGACACCCUAAACCAAAUAUCACCUGGUACAGAAACACUUUAGAUUUGGAAGCAAGUCCAAAUAUACUUUUGACCAAUGACAACGAAACCCUAACUAUUCUUGAAGUAACAAAUGACGACGGUGGUAUUUAUCACUGCCGAGCCGAAAAUGCCGAAGGACUCACCGAAAUAUCGGCUAUCCUUAAGAUAGAGGAAUUUAAAGUGAUUCCUCCACGUAUUCUUCUAAAACCUGAAGAUGGCGAUGCAUUUAAGGGCACGGCAGUGCAACUGCCAUGUGAGAUUGAAAGCGAACCACCUGCAACAAUCGAAUGGAGUAAAGAUGGCUCACGAUUAACUCUGGAUGAUCGAAUCUCAAUCACAUUAAUUGGAAGUUUGAUUAUUAAAAAUCUCUCUGUAUCCGAUACCGGUCGGUAUGAAUGUCAUGCUUUUAAUGAAUAUGGACAUGAUACUGCUUCUGUGUUUUUGACCGUUAAAAACCACAUACUUCCUGGGGAUGAGUAUGUUAACAUCGCUAUAACUCAAGCAACCAGAGACGUUGAUCAGGCCAUUGCUAGAACUGUAGAUGAGAUAUUUACCAAGAAAACUUCUGUCUCAACCAUAAGUGACUUGUAUAGAAUCACUAGAUUCCCUAAUGCACCCGAAAGAGAAAUAGCUCGCGCUGCAGAAAUAUAUGACAGAACUCUUGACAAAGUAAAAGGAUAUAUAGAAGUCGGUCUUUCAGUUACUUCGGCAGAUCCAUUUCAUUAUGAAAAUGUAUUAUCCGGUGAUCACCUAGAGAUAAUAGCGCGUUUAUCUGGAUGUGUAGCACAUAGAGAGAAACGAGACUGUUCUGAUAUGUGCUUCCAUAGUAAAUAUCGCAGUAUCGAUGGAGGUUGUAACAAUUUUGCGAAUCCAAUGUGGGGAGCCUCAUUGACUGGAUUCCGAAGAAUUCUGUUUCCUAUCUAUGAAAAUGGAUUCAGCCAGCCCGUUGGAUGGAAUAAGGACAGAAAAUAUAACGGAUUUACUCUUCCAGUGGCUCGAUUAAUAUCCACCGAAAUAAUUACCACGACUGAAAUUUCACAAGAUGUUGAAGUAUCCCAUAUGGUGAUGCAGUGGGGACAAUGGCUGGAUCACGAUCUUGAUCAUGCUUUACCGUCAGUGAGUUCACAGACGUGGGACGGCGUUGAUUGCAAAAAAACUUGCGACUACGCAGCUCCAUGCUUCCCAAUCGAUGUUCCACCCAAUGAUCCCAGAAUCAGCAAUCGGCGAUGCAUUGAUUUUAUUAGAACAAGUGCGGUUUGCGGAUCUGGGGCGACUUCAGUACUCUUUGGACGACUCCAGCCUCGAGAACAAAUCAACCAAUUGACUUCGUUUAUCGACGCAUCUCAGGUUUAUGGAUUUGAAAUAAGUGUUGCUGAAGAUCUGCGUGACUUAACAAAUGACAAUGGAUUACUCCGCGUGGGUGCUACUUUCCCCGGAAAGAAGCCACUUUUACCUACUAUUGGUAUCAAUGCUAUGGAUUGUAGACGGAACCUCGAAGAAAGUAACCGUAACUGUUUUGUUGCUGGUGAUAUUCGCGCUAAUGAACAGAUUGGUCUAGCUGCUAUGCAUACUAUUUGGAUGCGAGAACAUAACCGAAUCGCUAGUCAGCUUAAGGCCCUCAAUCCGUUCUGGGAUGGCGAUAAAGUGUACCAUGAAGCACGAAAAGUAAUCGGUGCUCAAAUCCAACAUAUAACUUACACGCAUUGGCUACCCAUCAUUCUCGGUCCGGAUGGGUAUGAACAGUUAGGAUCUUAUAACGGUUAUGAUUCUGACGUUAAUCCUUCGAUUUCUAACGUAUUUGCUACAGCUGCACUAAGAUUUGGCCAUACUAUGAUCAAUCCUAUUCUGCACCGCUUAGAUGAAAACUUCGAAACUAUUCCUCAAGGUAACCUAAAACUGCGCGAUGCAUUUUUCUCCCCCUGGCGUCUAGUUGAUGAGGGUGGCGUUGACCCAUUACUACGUGGAAUGUUUAUGACUCCCGCCAAGCUUAAAACACCAACCCAAAAUCUGAAUUCUGAACUCACUGAGAAACUCUUCUAUGCUACUCAUGCUGUUGCUCUUGAUUUGGCUGCGAUUAACAUUCAAAGAGGCCGGGACCACGCUAUUCCCCCGUAUACGAAGUGGCGACAGUUCUGCAACAUGACCGAAGUCGAAUCUUUCGACGAUUUGGCAACGGAAAUUCCGGAUAAGGGCAUUCGUGAUAAACUCCAGAAAUUGUAUGGAUCGGUGCACAAUAUUGAUGUUUGGGUCGGCGGGGUCCUCGAGGAGCAAGUUGAAGGUGGUAAAGUUGGCCCACUGUUUAAAUGCCUGCUCUUGGAACAGUUCCAACGCUCGCGAGAUGGUGACCGAUUGUGGUACGAAAACCCUGCUAUGUUCAAACCUGACCAGCUGAAAGAGAUCAAGAAAACGAGUCUCGCGCGUAUUUUGUGUGACAAUGGCGACAAUAUCGACACUAUUGCAGAAAAUGUAUUUUUGCUUCCGGAAUUACAAGAUGGACUUAUUUCAUGCGAUGACCUGCCGGCAAUGGAUCUUCGAUUCUGGGUAGAUUGCGAAACGUGUGCUGAAAAUGAAAUUGAAAGGAAUAAACGCCGCGCACGUAGAGAUCUUGACAUCUUAGGAGGCGAAGAGGCUAGCACCGACUAUACUGACGAACGCGUAGACAAAUUGGAAUCCUCUCAGUAUGACCUCGCAGCCACCCUGGACUCUCUUAAGAAGCGCAUUGAAUACCUGGAAGAAACUUGCAAACGGGAUUAGAAGUUCAAUUUAAAGUGCCACGAUGGCAGAUUGAAUAAUUCUACUAAUGCAAACCAUUCAUGCAUGCAUAAUGGAUGUAACAUUAAGUACCUACUAAAUAGCACUUUUUGAAAAUCUAGAUGUCUAUGUUAAUCAAUUACUUAAUCAAUAGGAAUGUAAGAUUUUAUUAUAUUAAUAAGGAAGUUAUCUUUAGAUUAAGUCAUAAGUAAUAUGCCAUAAUUAUUGAUUCCUUUUUGUAGGUACUUAGUAUUUCUUUUCUAUAAUUUUAAGUAUCUACAAGGCUCUUUCACAAUAAAUAAUCCUGCAAUCCUGAACCAUCAUGACUAUGAUAUCAGUUUUAUUAUAAGUUAUGUCAUCUAUCUAUUUCAACACAAUUGAUUCCAUAUAAAAUAUAAGUACUAUGUAGUCACAUAAUUUAAGCGAUGUAGGUGAAGUAGAAACAAAUUAAUCUAGUCCAGUGUUUUUCAACCUUUUUCAUGACGCGACCCCCCCUAGCAUGAAAAAAAUUUUUGCGACCCCCGACCGUUCACUUUUUUUUCAUGCCUUUUACAAAGAUGUUGUAGGGACCGAAUUCUUCAAUCUAAACAACAUUUAUGCAUUUGCAUAAUUAACUUACUUUAAUGAACUAUUUUAUUAGACUAGAUUCUAGUCUAAUAAAAUAGUUCAUUAAAGUAAGUGUUAAAGGUGUAGUUGAUUCUAAUUCUAACUUAGAUGUAAUAAUCUAUUAAGUGAUGGUGAAGUGAGGUUGAUAUGCUGCUGAUGAUGACGAUGCGAUGGAUCUGAUAUUCAGAACUUUAUGGAUGGACUACUUAACUAUGGAUAUACAUUAACAUGGACAUUUGAAUGCAAACUAAAUACAUUGUAGGUACUCUUUAGCUGUUAUUUGGGGCACGUCAUAUUGUGCUAUUAUUAUAUAGGUGACAUAAGAUUUUUGUCCGUAGAAAAUAGAAUUUGAUGAUAUUCUCUGUGUUCACAUGUAAAGGUGGUAGGUAUGUCAAUGGUCAAAUUCAUUUUUACAAGAUUGUACCUAUCUAACAUCUUUGACGAUUGUGUUUACAGUAUGCCAUGAAUCCAUCUAAGAUCAAAGUUACAUUUGAGAACACAGUUUGACCAGUGACAUUACAUACCAAAUGAAAGCCGGUAGAAGUUUCAAUUUUAUGGUAUUCUCUGUAUUUAGCCACUAGGGCGAUAGGGGAUUGUAAGAUUGAUGCCUGUAGAAUUUAAAUUUUAAUCGUAUUCUAGUUCUAGGUGUAGUAAGAUUGACGAUGUGGGAUUUUUUUGUGACAUUUAAGUGUUUACAAAGAUUUAAAGGCCACUUGUAGUAACAUUUAUAAAUCUAAUUAAAUCUUCAAUAAGUUCAAAAUAUCAGUCUGUUUCAAACGACUUCAUAUUUUUAUGAAGAUUAAAGUUGAUAUAAGAACGUUGCUGCGAGUGACUCUACCACGUUACUACAAAAAGUUAAACGCGCGUUGAUCACUAGUUAAUGGGAAUGACAUUCUAAACAGGUGUUCAACGCGUGAUUAUUUUUUUUGUGAUAGGUAUUAGGCACUAGUUUAAGAUUUCAAUUAUUAUACAUUCUCAGUGCUUGUUAGAAUUAUAAUAAUAUCGACAUAUAUAAAUUACAAUUUUAUCGACAUUCUGUGUAUUUUAUGAAGUUAUAAAAUGUUGUAAGACGACGUGAGUGAAUUCAAUUAUAAUGGUUUCUACUGACCUUAUUCAUAAAAAUUAACUGCGCUUUUAAUUAUGAGUAUGACACCGUUUUAGAUAAAUGAUUACUUGUCUAUCAACGAUGAAAGAUCAAACUUAAAUGUUCAUUCAUGUGUUUUAGUUUUUAUGAAUAAGGAAGGAGGUAUUUUUUAUGAAUAUUUACAAUUAUUUUCCUUAGGCCUUUUAUACACUACGAGUUUUUGCAGCGAUACCGUGCGACUGCAUCGUUGCAUUACUGCAAAAUGUCACAGUGUAUAAAGGACCUUAAGGUGCGUGCACAUAACGGUUUUUUCAAGCGCUGAACGUUUCAUGCAUGGGAAUAUUGUGUACGUUUUGUUAUGAAGCAAAAUAAUCGCAAUUAAUUAAGUUUAGCAAGCACGGUCAGGUUUGAGGUCAGGUCAAGUUGAGCAGCUCGUAAACCGUGUCUACGGCGCCUGAAAAAAUCUUGGCGUUCACGCAACCGAUCGAUGUCUGUAGGAUUUCAAUUUCAAUAUCAUUAUUCUCGGUGUUUAAAUAUUCUAAGUGUUGUAACCAGGAUAUUUGUGGACGUUUCAAUUUUAAUACUUUCAUCCCCUGAUUCAUACAAAAUGUAACAGUUUCAUAACGCAGUUAUAACUAAAACGACAGUGUUUAAGAGUGUCUGUUUUCAUCGCAGCGAAAUCGGAGUGUUUCAUGGCAUUUAAUAGCGAAAACUGCAUUAUGGAACUGUUUUAAAGUUGUUUGAAUAAGGGGAUGAGUGCUUGGCCAGACUGGGAGCUAACGGCACGCGCACUUAUUCCGGCUACUGUAUGAACGAACCUUUGUAGCGCUACGCUAUUCACCUGUUGCUAUUGCCGUCAAAUAGGCCGCUCGUACCACACGCUACAGAUUUCACGUUUGGCCUCCAAGUAUAGAAAAUCUACUGCAAAAUGCUGUUUACGUAGUUUCGGGGUGUUUCGAAUCUGUCACCGUCGCACAUGCGGGCAUCUUGCUUUACCGGAGAAGGCUGGCAACAAUCGAAACUUCGGAUAACGUUUUUCGAAGUAACUCCGCGGAUAAUAGACGACUUACGUUCUAGUUGGUUGAAAUUCGCGCCAGCAUUUCCAGUCUGGCCAGGCAUUAUUUGCAAAUGUUCUAAGUGUUGUAAAAUCGAUGUCUGUAGAAGUUUUACUGGUGUUCUCAGUGUUCACAUAUCUUGAUGUAUUGUCGUUGUAAGAUCUGUUAUUCCAUAUUGAUUUGUAAUUGAUCCGAUCCAUGUUAAAAAGGCUUUGGUACAGGCACCCAAGUAGGUAAGCAGUGAAUUUCCUGAAUAAAUGGCAUUAAUUACUUAGAAAAGAUGGAUCACGCCUUAUUGAUAUGGAGCGAUUAAAUUGUUUUAAUAAUUUAUAAUGUACCGCUUUCGAAAUUAGCGUUAAUUUUCUAACGUUAGGCAUUUCAACUUACAUCUCAAUUUAGACUUAUACCAACUUAUACUAUUUUUAAGUGAAUUCAUUCUAAUAUUGUUUAAAGUCUAUUUAUAAUACUCGUAUUGUAUGUUAUGUUCUAAUUCUAUUAUCUUACUUUGCGCACUAAGCAUUUCAUGAAUGUUUGUGAACCAUUUUUACGCGCAGAUUCGGCAAUAUUUUCAUGAUUUUUCACAAAAUUAAAUAUAACACAUUAAACACAUAAGACUCCCCAUAGAUUGAUUGAUUACAAUAAUAAUUUGAUAUCAUGAUUUUAGGACAAAAUUAAGAGUUUUGGCUUUAAAAAUAAACAACAUUUUGGUUUUCCAAAAAACAUUUAUGUAAAAAUUGAUAAGUCCCAAAUCCUAUUACUCAUAGUACAUCCUUAACAAAACAUUUUAACUGGAAACUAAAUUCAUUUUCACUGGAAGUCAUAAAAUAUGAAUAUUUUCAGAAAAACCCACUAGCACAAUAUUCAUUUUAGUUAACUGUUUGAAAUGAAUAGCUUCAUAUUGAUAAAACAUCAAUGUUUGAUUAAAACUAAAAAAAAUCUAAAUUAUUAGGAAAAAGCCUCUAAAAGAACUUUUUGUAGGCAAUGUUGGAUGAAUGAAUUUGAUUUAUAUUCUUAUAUUUGACCCUAUAUGUCAAUUCUGCAUGUAAUAAUGGGACCACCCUUCUGUGUAUCGAUGUGAAAAAAAUAAAUGAAAAAAUACAAA